AAAACAAAAAUUGACAAAACUUUCGAUUUAACACAAUUCCCCUUUUUGUGUGUCUCGUACCAAUGGAGUAUACAAAAGAGAAUAAUGGUCGAUUGAACCCCCUCAACUCAUGGCUCUAAAGCAACCCAAGAUAUGCUCAAAAAUCAAAAGUCAAGUAGCUGACAUGUUCUUAUCUUCCUUUAAUUCAUGCUUCCUAUAUGGUCUAAAUUCCAUUUAUUCUAACAUGAUAAAAUCUUGAGAUUUUAAUUUUUUUUAUGAACAUAUCUUAGUCUUUAUAGUUGCAAGGUCAUGAAAUAUUGAAGGUACAAAAUCAUGAGUUUGCAUGACCUCCCCUGUUUUACUUCCUCUGUUUUUCCUUAAAAGGAAUGAAUUGAUUCAUGGCUUGUUUGUUAGAAUUAAUGAAUAAAUGGUAUUUCCUUGAAAAAACUCUUAUUUUUCUAUGACAAUAGAUCAUAUAUAAAUAGUUUUUGGAUCAAAGGAUGGAUCUUUUUUCUGGGUAUAUUUGGAUUUUUCUCUCUCAGCUUGUGCAAACUCUGUUCUGGGUUUUCACCAGAAUCUUCAAGAGAUACUUCAGUCAUGAAGCAAUCCAUUCAGCUUGUUCUUCAAAUCUUUGCCAACAAAACUAUCAUAGUGGCCAAAACAAUUCUGAGACAAAAACUGAGGCUAAAAAUAAUUCUAAUUAUUCUAAAGAUGCAGAGUUGAAAAGUGAAAGAUUUGACGAAGCUACUGAUUCUAUUCAAUUUAAACGAGAGUUUUGUCAUCAAAAUGAUUCAAAUGGUUUGGAACCAGAAGCAAAGGCCAAUGAGGAUUGUUCAGAAACAGUUACAAACUAUGCUGGAAAUUUUGGCCUUGAAGAAGAGGAGACAAUGAGGUUGGUUUUUAAAUUCCAAUACCAAACUUGGAACUGUAGUGAAACUUUUCAUUUUUUGAACACUUGUUAUGAUAAGGCUUCUGGAAGCACCAACAAGUAUGAGUUCAUCUCAGGUAAGAGUUUCAGCACCUUCUCGGAUGAACCAUGUGUUCCUUCAAAAUACUUCCCUUUGGAAAAUGAAUCUGAAAGAAACAUUGAACCAGAAAGUUGUGAAAGAGGGUGUGUUGAUGCAGAAGUGAGGCUCAAGACUGUGCCUUCCAUAGAACAAUCUGAUGAACAUCUAGUGGAGAAUCUGAAUACCAAUGUGUUUGUUGAAGAAACUUCAGCUGAUGACAAUUUCCUUUCUGAAGAUGACUCCAUAUGUGUUAGCUUUGAAUUCGAUUCCAUCAGUUCUACUGGAGAUGGAUUUUUGUCAGACAAAGACUUUGGAACCUCUAUGGAGUUUGACACUUCAAGAAACCAUGAUGAAGAAAAUAUAGUGUUAACAAAAGAAGAUUUGGACUCUGAGUGUGAGAAAAAAUCUGAGAGUUUUGAUGUUGGAGAUAGAGAUAUAAUGGGUGGAAGACGAAAAUUAGAAGACACUACUAGAAUUCAGAAUUCAGAUAUUGUGAACAUGAAGUUGAAAGAUCAUUGUUUUCAAUAUAGGCACGGCAUGAAUUUGCAUAGUUCAACAGGUUCCGAUAUUGAGGAUUCCUACCGGUUUGAUGCACAAUGGGAACAUCAAGAUUUGAUAGAACAGCUCAAGAUGGAGCUGAACAAGAUCAGAGCCACUGGUCUGCCUACCACCUUAGAGAAUUCUGAGUCACAAAGAAUAAUGAAAGAAUUGAAGCCAUGGGAAAUUGAUGAAAAGUUUCAGUAUGGUAGUACCAUAAAUGAGCUUCCAAAAUUCCACAAGAGUUACCUAGAACGAAUGCGAAAAUUUGAUAUCUUGAAUUACCAAAAGCUGUAUGCCAUAGGUUCCCUCAAGACCAAGGACCUUAUGCUAUCAUUUUCAAGUCGUGAGAACUCUUUUCCAACUGUCACAUCCUUUCUUCCACACAUCUUUCACCAUAGUAGACGUAAAAAAUCUGAAUCUGACCCAUUGAAGAAGUUCAUGAGAGAAUUCUACAAUGACUUGGAAAUGGCUUAUGUGGGACAGUUGUGCCUCUCUUGGGAAUUCCUUCAAUGGGAGUAUGAGAAGGCCUUGGAGUUAUGGGAAUCUGACCAAUACAGAAUGAAAAGUUACAAUGAAGUAGCAGAAGAGUUCCAACAAUUUCAGGUGCUUCUGCUAAGAUUUAUAGAGAAUGAACCUUUCCAAGGUCCACGAGUUGAAUACUAUGCCAGGAAUCGUUGUGCUGUGCAAAAUCUUCUUCAAAUUCCAGUCAUAAGAGAGGACAGCACCAGUGAUGAAGAGAAAUUCAAAACAAGAGAUGGAGAAAAAGAUGAUAUCACAAGUGACAUGCUAGUAGACACUUUGGAAGAAUCAAUCAGGAUGAUUUGUCGUUUCAUUAGAGCUGAUAAAGAUGCAUCUAGCUUGAUCCAUAAAGGUCCUAGAGAAACUCAAGUAAAGCUCCAAGAUCCUGCAGAUUCAGAAUUCCUUAUGGAGAUUCAAGCAGAACUUCGAAAGAAGGAAAAGAGACUUAAUGAAUUCUUGAAGAGCAGAAGUAGCAUACUGAAGAAGUUCCAAAAGCAUGAGGAAGGUGGUAGAGAUCAUUUUCUUUACCUUUUCCCUCGAGGAGACAUGAAAUUGAUUUGGAGAGUGUUGAACAUGUCGAAAAUAACAAGGGAUCAACUAGCAUGGUGUCGUAAUAAACUAAAUAAUAUCAACUUUGUAAACAGAAGGAUACAUAUAGAACCAUCUUUCUUACUUUUUCCUUGUCAAUAAUUAUUUGCUAGUUUUUUUUUCUUUUUCUUUUUGUAUAUAUGUUGCUUCACAUAUAGAAGGCCAUUGUGCAUGCAGACAAAGUUUUAUUUAAGCAUAAUUUAUGAUGAAUUAGAAUCAGAAUAAGGUAUGAUUCUUAUGUAAAUAAAGAAACCAUCUUCAUGUUUUGAGACAGUCUAAUAAAAUGCGUGUAGAGUUUUGUUUA